AUGAAGUUCUCUACCUCGAUCACCCUGGCCUCCAUCCUGGCCGUGGGCAGUGCCGUUCCCCAUGUGCCUCGUCACUCGUCCUCAUCUUCGGGUUCUGUGCCUAGCAGCACUGGUCUGCCCAGCUCGUCGAUUCCCUUGGCAUCGUCCACUUCAAUUUCUGUCUCGGUGCCUUCUUCCAGCUCGUCGUGCUCGGAGACUCUCUCCAGCUCGGUCCCGUAUUCGACUGUCUCGGUGUCGGUUCCUACUAUCACCUCGACUAUUUCCGCUAGCAGCUCCUUGGUUCCUAGCUCCAGCGGUGUUCCUAGCUCCAGCGGUGUUCCUAGCUCCAGCAGUGUUCCUAGCUCCAGCGGUGUUCCUAGCUCCAGCGGUGUUGCUAGCUCCAGCGUUGUUGCCAGCUCAAGCAGUGUUGCUAGCUCGUCUGGUGUCCCCAGCUCCACUGGUAUUGCUAGCUCGACCCGUGUUCCAACCUCGACUGCCGUCCCUAGCUCGACCAGCGUGCCUCACUCCGUGACCAGCACUCAGAAGAUGACCACUUCGACCAUCUACACCACCUCCGAAGUGACCAUCACCCAGUGUGCUACCACUGUCACCAACUGCCCAGCCGAGUCGACCACCGUUGUGACCUCGACCAUCCCGGUGACCACCACCGUCUGCCCAGUCACCGAAACCGAGUCUGAGUCUGCCACCGCCAGCAGCACCUCUGUGAAGACUACCCCCAGCUCGAGCAAUGCCUCCCAGACCAGCAAGUCCACUGCCCCUGCCCAGGGUUCCACCACCACCGAGGAGAUCUACACCACCACGACUAUCUGCCCUGUCACCGAGACUCAUACCUCCGGCACCAGCGUGAUCACCUCGACUUACAGCACUAUCUCUACUAUGACCGUGACUCCUACCCGCUCCACUGCCUCUGCCUCUGCAUCUGCUCAGGGUUCCACCGUCACCGAGGAGGUUUACACCACCACGACUAUCUGCCCUGUCACUGCCACCAUGACCUCGGGCACUAGCACCUACGUCUCGACAUACAGCUCCAUCUCCACCAUGACCGUGACUCCCACCCGCUCCACCAGCUCCACCAGCUCCGUGGUUAUCACCCUGACCCCCGCCGAGUCAGCUACCACCGUCACCACCUUCGAGACGACCACCAUCUGCCCCGUGACCGAGACUAUGACCUCGGGUUCCAGCACCUUCGUGUCAACCUACAGCACUGUCUCGACAAUGACCAUGACCAGCCCCAUUGCGCCAUCUUCCGUCGCUACCAGCGAGACCGUCCCGGCUGGUUCCGCCACCAGUGUCGUUGUUCCCCACGGUUCUAGCUCGGUCGUUCCUGGCAGCUCUGUCUCUGCUAUCCCCAGCAGCAGCCGUCCCGCCGGUGUGACCAGCACCCCCCUUGUCAGCACCUCCGUUGCCACUGUUGGUGCCUCGUCGACUAUGAAGAGCAGUAUGCAGCCCAGCUCAGUUCCAACUACUGCUACCGCCUCCUCGCCCAGCCAGUCCCCCGCCUUCAAUGCCGCUGUCUCGGUUGGCGCGUCGUCGGGUCUCUGGAUGGCUGCCACCGCGGUGCUGUCUCUUCUCUUCCUGUAA